GUAGCUCUGGGAGGGGCCACGCACAUGAACUGUGAUCAGUGAGGGUGUGGCCAUAGUUACAGCUGCUGAGUUUCACCUGAGAGCAAAAUAAGCAAGCCUUCCUCCUUCCUCCUCCAGCAGGAACGCGGUGACAGGCCUCAGAGGACUCACAUUUACUUUGGACUCUUUCCUUCCCACGUCUCUUUAAGGUACAUCAGAGCUCCCGGUGUUUCUCUUUCUUUCUUUCUUCUUUCUACUCAUUGAUCAACAGAUCUUGAUAUUCUUGCGGUGCAUACAGACAGGACCCAGUCUGUCAGGCUUCUGGGUUGCGAUGGAUCCCGUGUGCGGGAGCUUUUGGCCGAAGGUGGCUGUGCUGCUGCUUCUCGUAGCAAUAAGGCCGAGGACAGAGGCGAUGAAGAUAACAUCGUCAGGGUCACAGACUAUUCAGCAAGCGGAAGGGGACUCUGUCAACCUGGGCUGCACCUACACACCGGCUGCAGAGGACAUAGGAGAGCUGGACGUAGAGUGGUCCAACGUCAGCCCGGACAUGACGCAAAAGGACAAGCUGCUCUUGUCUUACGCAGCCGGCGCGACGCACAACUACUACCCGGAGCUUACCGACAGGAUGAAAUUUCUGACGGAACCGAACCAGGGAGACGCGUCCGUCACCUUCUCAGGUCUGAAGGCCUCCGACACGGGCACUUAUCAGUGUAAAGUGAAAAAGGCUCCGGGCGUGGACAUGAGGAAAGUCACUCUGGUUGUGCUGGUGCCCCCCUCCAUGCCGAGGUGUUGGGUUGAAGGCGGUGAGGAAAAAGGAGCCACGGUGUCCCUCCUCUGUAAAUCCUCCAAGGGAUCCACUCCUCUCACUUACGUGUGGACACGAGAGACCGGAGGUGCGAUGCCGGCCACGGCGACACAAGACGAAGGUGGACAGCUUCUGAUAAAGAACCACACAGACAGCAACACCGGGACGUAUGUGUGUGAGGCGAAAAAUGCAGUCGGACAAGCACAGUGCAGAUACAACCUGCGUGCAUACAACCCUACCGAUAAAGUGGGUGUCAUAGUUGGUGCGGUGAUAGGUGCUCUGCUGCUGUUGAUCCUCCUCCUGGUUCUCAUCUGGCUGCUGAUAAUCUGCCGUCAGAAGAAGCGCUACCAGAAGGAGGCCGCAAAUGAAAUCAGGGAGGAUGCCCCCGCUCCAGAGAGCAGACCGCCCAGCAGGCAGUCAAGCAGGCACUCCAGUUUCCAAGCGAUGGCAGGAUACCGUACUCACCAGGGGAUACAGUACGCUUCCGUAAGGGGUCAUCUGCCCAGUAUCCACGAAUCGGGUCCCAUCUACACCGGCAGCAGCAACUCGCCAAGCAUAGCAGGGGACAGAGCAACUUCUCUGAAAUAUGAUCAGCGAUACGGAUAUGCGGUUUAGCUGCAAGUGUGUUUUUAGCAAGGCCAAAACUGUACAAAAUGUAAAAUAUGAAAAGCCACGUGAAGGAAAAAUGCUAUGUAUAAUAUGCAAGUUACUCAAAGUGCAAUCCCAGUGGGAGUGCCACACUGUGACGCUUGUCUGCGUUCAUAUGAAGGGCAGGUUCUCGUCGUUUAAGUCGCUAUUGCACAAAUUUUAGCUGAAACUUUAUGUAAAAUAUUUGUAACAAGCAUUUUAAUAAUUCAUUAAGGUGUUUUUACCUCCAACAUACAAAAGUAUUGUAUGAUUCUAAUACUGUUUUUUUUAAAUAUAUAUAUAUGGACAAAUUAAAAAAAUUUAUCUUUGCACAUUGGUUGGAGCUCACACUGUUUCGGAUGACUCUGCACCAGAGAGCAACAUUUGAAACCACAGCUGAACGCGUUGCGACGCUUACAUUUUUCAAUGGGAGGUCCAGACUGGAGGCUAAGAUAAGAUGUCAGCUUGAUAAGAUGUCAUCUGCUGAAGAAAAUCUAUAUUGUUGCAAUUCGACAUUUUCCACAGUCGCCUAUGGAAGCGAUUUUUGGAACAGCAAAGUGAUGGUCAACCUAAAACCACAGAGUUUGGUCAGUAAAAGAGGUUGCUGCAGACCUCCAAACUUCUUUGGUCCUUCAGAUCAGCUCUGGAAGUGUAUAGAAAUAUUUACUGAACAUGUAUCAAGGAAAACCUUUGUCCAUAGUUGUCUGGGAUCCAACUCUUGACCUCUUGACCGUUGCAACAUGUCUUCUCUUCUUCUCUCUAUGUCCAUUUCCUGUCCGAUUACUUCUGCUGCAGGUCACUAGUGCCAUAAAAUCUUAAACCAAAGUGUAAAUCGGUCACAAUUACUAUUAUAACAUUCUUUGGAAGAACCAGAGAAACCAAAAAGAAGUUUCAAAUCCUGACCUCUGAGAUUCAGAAAGGGUAAAAGACAAAAAAAAAAAAAAAAUCUAUGCUU